AGAGAGAGGGAGGAAAAAGAGGAGGAGAGCUCAAAAGAGCAGGACAGACAGAUUGAGAAGGGAAGGUAGACAGUCAGCAACAAGAGGGAAUUUUUGCCGGCAAACAACUUCCAUUCCUUUCUAUUCCAGUAAAUAUCCACUCUCUCUUUCUGUUUUGAGUGCUGUUAGUGAUAGACCACAGCGUGGUGUCGGUUCGGUUUCUUGGAGGGAGGUGAGGGGGAGCAGAGGUCGGUCAGCAAGAGCCGGUGGAUAUUUUUUUUAAGAGAGUACUUUUCUGACACUCACAACACGAUGAGUGCUGCCCUGCCUCUUGCCCGCUUUAACCACGCUCGCUAACCAGGAGAAGAAGGAAGAGUGAGACAGCGUCCACACCGUCCUCAAGAGCGAAUGGGAAGCGAGGGUCUGUAACGCUGGAGCUCAAGGACAAACCAUGGACUCUGCACACCUCCCACUUCACCUGGAUGUCCAACAUGUUCCCUGCUAGCCUACUGGUUCUGAUGAUCCUGCUGCUACCUCAAGCCUCAUCAGGUCACCAGGGGGAUCCCAGUCAGACUAAUGGAAACCUGGUCCCCCCUCUGGAGCCUAGUUUGGCCCACACCAUUCAGAAACUUCUGCUGACUCGCCUGGGUCUACAGUCACACCCUAACCCCAGUCCGGAGGCACGGGUGCCCCAGUAUCUUCUGAACCUGUACAGAUUUCACACUCAGCAGUACCAUCUCAUUGAAGACCCAGAGUUUAGCUACCCCUCCCAGCAUGUGCAAGGAGCCAACACGGUCCGAUGCUUUCACCACACAGAGCUACAGAGUUCUUCAGAAGAGAACGAAGAGGCAGUCGACCGCUUACGCAUUGCUUUCAAUCUAUCUUCCAUUCCAUCAGACGAGACUGUGGUGUCGGCAGAACUACGCUUCCUGCAGGAAGGACCAGACGUAAAUUCUCACACGGUCAGCCUUUACCUCUCCGACACUGACCCUGCAUCAAAACCCGGACUUCUCCAUUCACGUCGACUGACCAGAGACAAAAAGUCAACCGCAGAACUCUGGGAAACCUUUCCGCUGCAUGGAGAUGUGUUCAAGAGUAUAUCUGAGAAGUCUGGGAGCCUAUCUUUCAUUCUGCAUGUUGUUGCAGAUAACAGCAGUCUUCCGACAGAGAAACAUCUGCGUGUGCGCAGGUCAGCGGGGCAGGAUGAGCCCAGCUGGGCGAGGCAGAGACCCCUACUGGUAACUUACAACCACGAUGGGCGCAGCGAACCGUUCGUACCCCUCAAAAAGCGGACCCCUGCUGGUAGACGAGGCAGAGGCAGAUGGACUGGGGGCAAGUUUAGGGCUAACAGGGGUCAGGGCUUGGAUGUGGGCUGGCAGGGGGGCUGGAAUGAAAAGCGGGUGAAACGCAACGGAGGGAGGGCGGCAAAGCUCAAACGCCUCUCGCGUGCACGCUGCCGUCGACACCCGCUGUAUGUGGACUUCAAAGACGUGGGCUGGAAUAAAUGGAUCGUGGCCCCGUCCGGUUACGAUGCUUUCUUUUGUCUGGGAGAGUGCCGCUUCCCACUGGCUGACCAUAUGAAUUCUUCCAGCCAUGCUAUGGUGCAGACGCUGGUGAACUCUGUGAACGGGGCCGUGCCGCGGGCCUGCUGCGUGCCCACUGCCCUCAGCCCUAUUGCUCUCCUCUAUCUAGACCAAGAGGAACGUGUGGUGUUAAAAAACUACCAAGAUAUGGUGGUGGAGGGGUGCGGUUGUCGAUAGCAAAACACUCGUGGAAUAAAUGCGCAGGAUGGAAAAUGAAUGGAAUUUUAAGACUUAAUUAAAGGGACUUAAAAGAGGAAGAUAAGGAAGUAAAGUGAGUCAGAAAGAGAACUGAAAGAAAGCGAGGUAAACUGUUGAUAUAUCAUCAUUAAAAAAAUCUUUAAAGGAUGGUUCAAUAUGUUAAAAUGUGUUAAGCUCAAACAAUCGCAUUUGUUGGUUCAAAUUGAACAACAACAUAAAAAAGUGAAAACUGCAGAUUUGUUCAGAUUCCAAGGUCUGCAAUCGUAUUUAAAUUCAAAUUUAAAUAUGACCUAUAAUUUUUUAUAAAUACAGAGACACGAGUCUCAUUUGUUCUCCUAAAAUAAAUAAUAUAACAUUUAUAACAAAUAUAAGAAGAGGCAAAGUUGAUACCUACACUGCAAAAAAUGACUUUCUUGGUACACUGCAAAAAAUUAUAUAUAUAAUAUCUUAGUAUUUUUUUUUGUUUUCAGUAAAAAUAUUUUAAAUUAAGAUGCUUUUUCUUGAUGAGCAAAACGACCCAAGAAAAUAGGUCUAGUUUUUAAACCAAAAAUAUCAAAUUUAAGUGAUUUUGUGCAUAAAACAAGCCAAAAAAUCUGCCAAUGUAGUAAGACAAUUUUUCUUGAAUUUUUCUUGAAUUUAGUGUUUAAGAAAAAAAUUCUUUAGAUAUUUUUUUCUUGAAAAUAAUUUUUUUGCAGUGUAUUUAUGUCUUUCUUUUAGUACAAAUAUCUAAGAAUGAGCUUAAGAAAAUAGACAAAAAGCUUAAAACAAGCAAAAAAAAAAAAAUACUUCCAAUGGGAUAAGAAAAUUUGACCUUUUUUUCUUAAACACUUAAUUCAAGAAAAAAUGUAGAAAAAUGUUCUCACUCCCAUUGGCAGAUUAUUUUUUGCUUAUUUUAAGCACCAAUUCACUUAAAUUGUGCAUUUUUUGUCUAAAAACUAGACUUAUUUUCAUUUGUUCAUCAAGAAAAUACAACUUGAUUUAAAAUAAUAGAUAAUUUUACUGAAAACAAUACAAUAAUCUAAGUAAGAAAGUCAUUUUUGCAGUGUAUAGGCAACUGAGAGCUCAAGAUCUCUUCCAAUGGAAACACACCUGUAAAAAAAAAAUUGAUGUCAGCAUUAUGCCACAAAUGCUGUUGAUUAAGCUUAACUUGUAUUGAAUUUAUUGAGUCUUCCUUUGACAUGAGCACCUUCCCAUAAUCCUCUGAAACCCAGCUUUGACUUCUUGUGUCCAGUGACGCUCUGUAUCUGUGUGACCUAUGACCUGAAAAGCACUCAGUCCAAACGUGCCGUGUCCUUUUGUGUAAUAUACUCAAGCUUUCUGUCUUGUAAGCGUCCAGUCGCUAUGUUACCGUGUGUUAUUCCUGUACUGUUUUGUGCGUCCUUUCUUCACGAAAUCACAUCAUCGACAACUCUAAGGGACCAAGAAAUGACCAAAGACUGUGGUCGAGAGAUGAAGAUGCUGAAAGACUUUAAGCCGAGACAAAAAGAGGAUUGGACUCUUCAUAUAAACAUUAAAGCAUGCGCUGUGACAGAGGCAUAAACUGAUUGCAGGCACUUCUCAGUAUGAGCUAUUUAAAAAAAAUAAUAAUCAUGACACCAAGAAAUGAUUAUGUUAUUGUUUGAAUGUGCUUUUAUUUAUGGUUACCUGUAAUUUUUAUUUACGGUGCAGUCCAAAGAAACGUUUGCUAAACAAAUACUUCUGUGGUAGUAAUGUAAGUCUAAUUUAAAAAUGCAUCUAUAUAUAAAUAUAUAUAUUUAAAUAGCAAGAAUAUGAAAUAUUUAAUCUGACAAUUACUGCAAAUAUAAAGUACAGUACAAAUACCAAAACGCCUUAUAGAUCCAUUUAAAGCCAGUCAAAACUGGUAUCACUCAUCUGUUGUUUUAAAAUCAGCACUGAAUCAUGGCAGCUUUAUAAUGGCAUUAUUUAUCUAUGAGGGCUCUUUCUCUACAAUAGAAGCUUUGUGAAACAAAGAAAAUGGCAUAAACAUUCCACAAUCUUGUGCCAAAAUGUUAUGUAUUGUGCCAUAUGUGUGCAAGCUUUGUCAUUAUUCUGCAUAACUUUGUGUCAUCAUAUAGCUAUCACAGCAUUCAUCAAACUGUUUGCAUUGUUUAAAGAGAUAUAAAAAUGGAGGAUCAACUAAGCUUAGUCUAACUCUAAGCUUAUUCAAUGUC